GGAACGCGGAAAAACAUCUCCCCGGUUCCCUCUUCGGUCCGCGACCUCUCCAUGGCCGCCAAUCUCGGGAAGUCGCCGGCGGCGCCGAAGGCGAAGGUGAAGGAGAAGGACGCGGAGGGGCUCUUCUCCUCGCGCUUCCUUUGCCGACCUCUGUGCCCGCCUCCACCCCACCCUCUGUGCCCACCUCCAAGCUGCAGGCUUGUGAAGGCGGCGACUGGCAUGGCACCGGCAAGACGCUCGGCUCGCGUACCUUGCGCCGAUCGCCCAGCAGCGCCACGUCCGGAGCACUGCAUCCUGGCGCUCGCUCGCCGCCACGGCCAGGAGGGCCGGCCGGCGCUGGCUAGGCGGGUAGCACGCCCGGUGAGUUGGCCGCCAUGACGUCCGUCGUGUGCUCUCUGCUGUCGCACACAACAUGCUUGUUAAAAUGCCUGAAGGUGGGAAGGUCAAUACGGGGAUGUGGUUGUUUGCAAUGAAAAUGGGGCUCAAAGCGGACGUCCAGACUUGUCCGCGGACAUAUAAAAGAUCAGAUUUACCCAUUGUGGUUGUAGAUGCUCUUAGUUCUUCUUCUUCUUCUUCUUCUUCUUCUUCUUCAGCCGGUUAAAGGAGUUGCUGUGUUGUGGCUGCACCUCCACGUACAUACAUACAGAUACAGAGGCUGUCGCGUGAGCAGGGCAAUGGUGCGUUGGCUGGGCUUUGCGCGCGCGUGAACACCAACCAACUUGUCUGGCGAAUAUACAGUCAGCAUACGUAUUUUAUUAUCGUGGAUGACGACAAGGACACCGUGUGUAUAUGGCUGGAGCUCUGCAUUGUUAACUGUUAAGGGAGGGGCGUCUCGCACUGCUUCCUUCCUGCUUGUUCCCAGUAGCUAGAAAGAAGCACGGGAGAAGGUGGGUCAACGGUCGGUCGAUCGAGGACUCCUCGUCUCCGGCCUCGAUCCGCUCUACUGGACUGGCGCCUCCUAUCCAGACUCUGGAUUCAUCCCUUGCUGACUAAACGGAUUUCAAGAAUUCAGAGGCUUUAUAUUAGCAGACAGUUAAUGGAAGGAGUCCUACUUGCAGGCAUGGUGCCAGCGGUGCUUUGUUUUCUGUGCAGCACGUUUUGGUAAAAUUAAACUGCAGCGUGGCCGGAGACGAUGGCGGCGGCACAUAAGUUGGUCGUGGAGGUCACAAGUGCUCAGGGCCUGAUGCCCAAGGAUGGGCAAGGCUCUUCGAGCGCCUAUGUCGAGCUCUGCUUCGACGGCCAGCGGUUCCGCACCGCCACCAAGGGGAAGGAUCUGAACCCAGUGUGGAACGAGCGCUUCUACUUCGACGUCUCCGACCCAUCGCUUCUUCCCGAGCUAGCUCUUGAUGCAUAUGUAGUACACAGCAGAGUCAAAGAAUCCGAGGUCGUUGACCUUGGCAAGGUCAGAGUUGCCGGGGCCUCAUUCCUGCCCUUCGCUGAUGCCGCCGUGGUGCCAUAUGUGCUGAAGAAGCGCCGGCUGCUGUCGCAUGUGAAAGGCACAUUGGCCCUCAAAGUAUACAUCACCGAUGACACCUCCAUCACGGCUUCUAAUAACCUCGAAAGCAUAUUACGAAAUCAAAGUUCAACACCGCACAGCAUACCGCUGCUGCAUUUGAAAGAAAUCACAAAUAAUUUCUCCGAUGAGCGAGUGCUUGGCCGAGGUGGUUUUGGUGUGGUAUAUAGGGGUGUGCUGCAAAAUGGGGAAAUGAUUGCUGUGAAAAAGAUGAUGCCAUCAUUAUUGCCAGGCCCACAGAAGCAGUUUGAGAAUGAAGUUUAUCAUCUUAUGAAGCUCAAGCACCCCAAUAUAGUGCGAUGUAUAGGCUAUCGUUAUGAAAUACAAAAUGCGUGUGUAGAGUUCAAUGGGAAAUACGUUUUUGCUGAGCAGACGGAAAGGUUACUUUGCUUGGAGUAUCUUCACAAGAGAAGCCUUGAUAUGUAUCUAUCAGAUGAAUCUUCUGGACUUGACUGGAGCACACGCUACAAAAUAAUUAAGGGGAUUUCAUAUGGUUUAUGUCACCUCCAUGAGCAGAAUGAUAAGCCCAUUUUACACUUGGACCUAAAACCUGCCAACAUAUUGCUCGAUGACAGUAUGGAGCCGAAAAUUACAGACUUCGGUCUGUCAAGAUUGCUUGAUCAAGAACAAACUAUUUGCACUUCGUCUCGUGAUGGAACAUUCGGUUACAUGGCACCAGAAUUUUUACAUGGAGGUACUAUUACACCAAAGUCGGACAUAUUCAGUUUGGGUGUGAUAAUUAUGGAGAUAGUAACAGGACACAGGGACUACCCAGAUGUUACUCGAACAUCUUCAGAUGACUUUAUUGAGCUUGCACUUAAAAAAUGGAGAAAUAUGUUAGGGUGGGCACCAGGGUAUAGAUCUCUCGAAAUAGAAUUGCAGCAAGUAAAAACAUGCAUUCAAGUAGGUCUAAACUGCGUGAACCCUGAGCGCUCGGAAAGGCCUACAAUAACGGAAAUUAUCAAUAUGCUUCAAGGACCAAAAAUUAUUGAUUGCAGCAUUAGCCAUGCGACGACAUUACCCAUAUGUUCCAGAAGUGCUGAUUCAGUGGUAUCGAUUGAUUCUGAUGUGCUGAAAAGUUUAGCAUGGAGGAGGUUUUUCCUUAAAAAGAAGAAAUAUAUGCUUAAAAGUCUGCCAAAGCUAAGUCGGCAGGAGCUUGAAGUAGUAUGUGAAAGUUUUAGCAACGUUAUAGGCUCAACUCCGGGGACUUUGGUCUACAAAGGAACAAUGAAGGAUGGGCCUGAGGUUUCGGUUAUAUCAGUAUGUGUCUUGGAAUGUCAUUGGACUAGCCAGCAUGAACUCCUUUACCAGAACAAGGUUGUUGAUCUGGCAAGGCUGAACCAUGAGAACAUAGCAAAGUUUCUGGGGUAUUGCAGAGAAAAGGACCUGUUUUCGAGGAUGGUAGUCUUUGAAUAUGCAUCAAAUGGAACACUAUACGAGCAUUUACACCAUGGGGAGGCAUCCCAAUUAUGUUGGCUUAGGCGAAUGAAAAUAGCCAUCGGCAUCGCUCAAGGUUUAAGGUAUUUGCACACGGAGUUGCAGCCUCCAUUUCCUAUAUCAGGGCUGAACUCCAAUUCAGUUUAUGUUACAGAAGAUUUUACUCCGAAGCUGGUUUAUUUUGAAUGCUGGGAAAUCAUGUUUUCAAAGCAUGAGAAGGCGCUCGGCCAGUUAAAUGACAAAUCUGCUUUUCCAUGCCUCAAACAAAACUAUCCGUCUUUCCCAAGUCCGGACUCUGCAGAGGAUGAAAAUGCUGACAUGCAAAGCAAUAUAUUUGCUUUUGGAGUGAUUUUACUAGAGAUCAUCAGUGGGCGGCUUCCUUACUGCAAGGACAAGGGCCAUUUGGUUGACUGGGCUAAAGAGUACCUCCAGCAGCCCGGGGAGAUGUGGAAGCUGGUCGACCCCGAGCUGGCCAAUGUCCGGACCAAGGACCUGGCGGUGAUCUGCGGCGUGGUGAGAUGGUGCAUUGACCCUAUCUUGUCGAUGCGACCGAUGAUGCCGAUCAUUGCAGAAGCACUGGAGACCGGCAUCGACCUGUCUGCGGCCGGCAUCCUCAACGAGUCCUCCUCUCUGGCGUGCGCGGAGCUCGCUCUGUCGUUGUUCAACACGUUCAGACUUCAGUCCGGCUGUAGUAAAUGCAUAUACGAAAUCAUUGAGACGGAUCAUCCCCCCGUCUGUUUGAUUUGUGGUGGCACGCACCGCACUCGCAUACGGUAAGCUGCAAGAAAAGCUCGAGCCUCGUGAGCCGCUCGAGAUCGACUCAUAUUUUGCUCGAGUCGAGCUCGGCUAAAGGAAAAGAGCUGAGUACGAACACUUUAUGUAGCUUGAUCGAGAAACGAGCUGAUCUUGAGCAAAUGUUGUCUUGCUCGAUUUUAGCUCAAUAUUUCGAUAUCAUAAUUUUAAUACAUAUCAAAAAGAAAUGGGAUAAUUUAUUACCAUAUAA